AGGCAGACUGGGAGGCAUAAGAGAACAGGGUCAGAAGACCAAGACCAGAGAGGAGAGAGAAGAGACAGCAAGCAUUUGACUGACGGAGGCUGACGACCAAUCACAGCAUGGGAUCCUUCACUACCAUCUCCAUCAGCAUCCUCCUCCUUUUCACUUUGCAGCUUCAAGGUCGAACCAAAGCCAAUCCUGUGUCCAAUAAUGACCUGGUGGAUUUCAAGAAUUUGUUGGACCGCUUGGAGGACAAGAUACCUUUAGAAGAGGAGGUCAUGACCUCACAAGGACUUAAUGAGCAGAAUGAGGAGAAUGGGGAAGCACUUAGUCCUGUCUCUUCCUGGCCUGGGGAAGUCAACCCAGCCCAACGGGAGGGAGCCUUUAACCGGGGCACUUGGGAGCAAGCUGAGAGAGCUACCCUCUUGAAGAAUAAGCUCCGGGCACUCUUGGCUUCCCCUCGUAGUCUGAGGAGGUCCUCCAGCUGCUUUGGGGGCAGGAUUGACAGAAUAGGAGCCCAAAGUGGACUUGGCUGCAACAGUUUUAGGUUCUGAAGAGAAUAUGCAGAGAAGAAAAUGCACCAGAUCCGGUCAGACCCACAGAAGAAGUUUCAGAUCCUUUGGGACGUUGGCUUUCUUUUCUCCACUCAUUGUCCGCAAACAGAGCUUUGAAUGUGCUCCUGAUUCCAGCUACAGCUUCCUGUUGCCAUUUCACAAAAAUAAUUUUGAAUGUAGUAAAAAAUGGUGUGAUGGUGCCUUUUGCCCCUUCAUUAAAUCUAAGGUAAAUGUUCACCGGGUUUGUUGUUGAAAGCAGUUUGAAGAUGAAUAAACUUCAGCACCAUGGACAGCA